AUUUUCUGUAUUUUAUGAGACAUUCUCGGUUCUGGUUUUACUGAGUCACAGUCUCACAGUCUCAACCCCAAAGAAGCUCAGAUAUUUCAAAUCCAUCAAACGUCUCUUCUCUUACAUUUCUCAGAUUUUUCAGCUCCUAAUUUGACAGGAAACAGGGCUUGAGUUUACAAAAUCUUAAAUUCUGCUAUUAAGCUGCUUUGCUGAAUCACAUGGUUAUGUAUUUUUUGUUGGAUAUAUAGGAAUUUAAGAGCUUUUGAGUGAAGUUAUUUACGGACAUUAAGGCAGAAUUCACACUCUGUGGAACAGCUGUGUGCUCAUGCAACAAUGGUUCUUGGUCUAAGUGCAAAGAACAGGAAAGAUGCUACCGUUCAUGUUGAUUAUUUAAUCCAUAUUCAGGAGAUUAAGCCAUGGCCGCCGUCAGAAUCGCUAAGAUCACUUCGGUCUGUCAUGAUUCAGUGGGAAAAUGGUGAUAGAAAUUCUGGUUCUACUAAAGCAGUUGUACCUUCGCUGGGAUCUGUUGUUGGAGAGGGCAGAAUUGAAUUCAAUGAGUCAUUUAGGCUACCUGUGACGCUGGUGAGGGAGAUGAAUAUUAAAAACAAGGAUGCCGCUACAUUCCAGAAGAAUUUUUUAGAGUUUAACUUGUAUGAGCCUCGAAGGGAAAAAACUCAGUUGUUAGCGACUGCUAUUGUCAAUUUGUCAGAUUAUGGUAUUGUUAAAGAGACAUUGAGUCUGAAUGUCCCAAUGAACAGCAAGAGGAACUAUAAAAACACAGCUCAACCAGUUUUGAUCAUUAAAAUCCAGAGAGUAGAUAAAGCCGUCAGUCGCACAGGCUCCUCCUUGACGGAUGGUUUAUCAAAAGAUGCUUCAUUGGAUAAGAAUGGUGGUGAAUCUGUUUCAUCAUUGAUGCAUGAAGAGUAUGCUGAGGAAGCUGAGGUUGCUUCUUUUACUGAUGAUGAUGUUUCCUCACACUCAUCUUUGGCUACUUCAUCUUCAGCUGUUGAGUUAAAUAAUGAUUUACCUCCUCAAAAUGAAAAGACUGGAUUAGUCAAAUCGUCUGAUAGCAGAGGUGGUAGAAGAGAGCAUGACCUAGCUUCAAAACUACUACAGGAAAAAUCAAAUAUAAAGCCACAGAUAUCAUCACAUGAAAAUCAGAGGGCCAGUUCAUCUCGCUUCUCAUCAAUAGAUUUAUGUUCUGAACUCGAGAGCCUAGUAAAUGGUAAUGCUUUGGUGUUUGACUCUCCUAACUCCAGUUCAGUGAUUCCAAAUAAUGUAGAAGCCCAGAAUGUUACUUCUCUGCCAUCCUUCGCCAAUGGACAUGCUAAGAGGAACACCAGGAUGGGAAGUGAUGAGCAUGAAGAUUUGCCACAGGAGGUUCAGAAAAAGGAGCAUGACCUAGCUUCAAAGCUACUGCCAGAAAAAUCCAAUAUAAAGCCACAUAUACCAUCACAUGAAAAUCAGAGGGCCAGUUCAUCUCGCUCAUCAUCAAUAGAUUUAUGUUCUGAACUUGAGAGCCUGGUAAAUGGUAAUGCUUUGGUGUUCGACUCUGCUAACUCUGCUUCAGUGAUCCCAAAUAAUGUAGCAGCCCAGAAUAUAACUUCUCUGCCAUCCUUUUCUAAUGGACAUGCUAAGAAGAACACCAACAUGAGAAGUGAUGAGCAUGAAGAUUUGCCACAGGAGGUUCAGAAAAAGUUUCCUAAUGGACAAUCUGCUAAUAAUGGUGAUGCUGAACAAAACAGUCAGCAAAUUUCAUCCAAUCAUUUUUUGGUUGGCAAGAUUGACUCUAAAAAAAUUGAGUAUUCUCAAGUAAAUGGAAAGGAUGAUGAAAAAACUUGUAAAACUGAGCAAGGUUCAAUGGAUGGGGCUGCAAAAACAGAUGAUGACUGCAAUAGUCUUAUGGAGGACAUGAAGAGGAUGGAACAAGACAACAGUGGGCUGGAAAGAGAAAAAUCUGAACAGAAAAGACAUUCCUUGGGAGGUGAAGCACUAAAUUUUUAUUCACUAGGUGCAACCAGUGACCAAAUUUCACCAGGAAAUGAUUCACUUUCUUCAAGCAGGGAAAAUUUUGGAAUGAUGGGCAAUAUCUUAAAAAGUGACAGAUUAAAGCAUGUGAAGUCUGUUAGAUCAUCCCCAGACAUGGCUAGAGGCAACGGGUUAGAUAUUAAUAAUCAUAAUAAUGAAGUGAAGGAAAAUGGUUUUUUGGGAGAUUCCCAAAAUAUUGUGGGAAGCUUCGGGAGUAGUGAAAGAAAAGAUGCUAAGGUUUAUCCAAAGGAUACCAAAAGUGCUAUUUUGGAAGGCAAAAUCCAGCAGCUGGAGCACAAGAUAAAAACACUUGAGGCAGAGCUGCGAGAAGCUGCUGCUGCAGAAGCUGCUCUAUACUCAGUAGUUGCGGAGCAUGGAAGUUCCAUGAGCAAGGUCCAUGCUCCUGCGCGGCGUCUUUCAAGGCUCUAUCUUCAUGCUUGCAAAGAAAAUUCCCAAUCAAGGAGAGCUAGUGCGGCAAAAAGUGCCAUAUCAGGAUUAGUUUUGGUUGCAAAAGCUUGUGGAAAUGAUGUUCCUAGGUUGACAUUUUGGUUGUCAAAUUCUGUCGUGCUGAGAACAAUUAUAAGCCAAGCCACUGGGGACCUAGAGCAACCAUUUUCUGCACAUCAAUCCAUGGAAAGGAAUGGUGAUCAAAGUGGAAACAACAAGAUAUCAUCUCCAUUAAAAUGGGAGGAAUCUUCUCCUGGCAAAAAGGGAAGCAAAGAUGUAGUAUGUGGAGGUUUUGGUGACUUGGAUGACCCACAAUCAUUUUUAUCAGCGCUGCAAAAGGUUGAAGCUUGGAUCUUCUCCCGAACUGUAGAAUCUAUAUGGUGGCAGAUUCUGACUCCACUCAUGCAGUCUGCUGCCACGAAGGCAGUUGAUAGAGGUCCUGGCUCUGACUCUAGGAAAAACCUUGGAAGGACAUGUAGUUCUAGGGAUCAAGACCAAGUGAACUUUUCACUGGGCCACUGGAAGAAAGCUUUCAAGGAUGCCUGUGAAAGACUUUGUCCUGUUCGAGCUGGAGGGCACGAAUGUGGUUGCCUUCAUUUGUUGGUGAAAUUGAUAAUGGAACAAUGUGUGGCUAGAUUAGAUGUGGCUAUGUUCAAUGCCAUUCUUCGUGAAUCUGAUGAUGAGAUUCCAACUGAUCCUGUGUCUGACCCAAUUAGUGAUUUCAAGGUCCUUCCAAUUCCAGCUGGUAAAUCAAGUUUUGGGGCUGGUGCUCAACUCAAAAAUGCAAUUGGAAGUUGGUCUAGAUUUCUGAGUGAUCUAAUUGGCAUGGAUGACGAUGAGCUACCAAGCGAUGAUAAUGAAGAUGAUGAGGAUGAUGAGAGACAUGAUGCAUCCUUCAAGUCUUUCCGCCUCCUUAAUGCACUGAGUGAUCUCAUGAUGCUUCCAAAGGACAUGCUGUUGAGCAGAAGUGUCAGGAAAGAGGUGUGCCCCACUUUCGGUGUGUCAUUGAUCAAGAGAGUGGUUGAAAAUUUUGUUCCAGAUGAGUUCUGCCCUGAUCCCAUUCCUAAGGUUGUUCUUGAGGCCCUGGAGGAUGAGGAUUCCCUUGAAUGCGGGGAAGAAUCUAUCACAAACUUCCCAUGUACAGCAGCUCCUCCACUCUAUGUGCCGCCUUCUGUGGAUUCUGUUUCAAGUGUAAUUGGAGAGUUUGGAAGCCCAUCUCAGCUGAGAAGAAGUGGAUCCUCAGUAGUCAGAAAAGCAAAUACUAGCGAUGAUGAACUUGACGAACUGAAUUCUCCUUUGACAUCAAUCUUGAUUGAUGGUUCCCGAUCUUCACCAUUUCCAUCAAGACCCAGCUGGAUAUCGAGGGGCAAUAACAGUCAAAACGCUAUCAGGUAUGAACUGCUCCGCGACAUCUGGAUGAGCUGUGAAUAAAUAAAUGUAGAGAAAGAAUGUUGUAAAUCUGAUGUUCAAAAUAAUAAUAAUAAUAAGUGGUUUGCAAUUAUAGUAGCUGUCAAUUGUCAAAAUAAAUUCUCAAAUCUGUAACCUUGAAAGUACUUGUAUGAAUAUUUUCAAGAGAAAAUUGGCCCUUGAUGCUAGAAUAUUGUGGUGGAAA